AUGGGUAACGCUUGCGGGGUUCUCUCUUUGGGCCUCCUGCUGUCGAUAAACCUCCCGCUUGUAACUGCUCGCGAACGGAUCAGCCUCAAUGUAGGAUGGCGCUUUUCGCGCUUCACGUCCAACCCCGAUAGCCUAUCGCACAUCACGCUGAAGCCCUGGAUGCUCCCUUCGAGCAAUGACUUUAUUAGCGGUGCUAAACAUCGGCGUCCUUCUGGAACGCCUCCGGGUAGUAAUGUCGAGUAUGUGCAACCAUCUUUUGAUGAUAGCGCCUGGGAGACGCUCAAUCUGCCGCAUGAUUGGGCAAUCAAGGGGCCUUUCAACGCACCUGGUAUGGGAGGGAGUAUCGGUCGACUGCCGAUAGACGGAGUAGGAUGGUACCGCCGGAAGGUCUCGAUGAGCUCAGACGCCGCGGGCCAGAAUUUCUUCUUGGAUAUCGACGGCGCUAUGUCGUAUGCGGCGGUCUGGCUUAACGGGAACUUGGUUGGCGGAUGGCCGUACGGCUACGCCUCAUUUCGUCUCGACCUGACGCCGUACAUGAAGGUUGGCAAUGACAACUUGCUUGCUAUUCGACUGGACAACGCCCCGAACUCGUCGCGUUGGUACCCAGGUGCUGGCAUCUAUCGAAACAUCUGGCUCGUCACCGCCAGCCCGACGCAUGUUGGCCAAUACGGCACAUACCUCACGACACCAGCUGUGUCCGCCCAGUCCGCCACGCUGAGCUUGACGGUCGACGUGGAAAACAGAGGAAGCUCGAGCCAGGGAGUUGAUGUGCGAACUGAGGUGUACGAGGUCGAUCGCGCAACGGGACGAGCCGGCGCCGAUGUAGUCGCCACCUUUCCCCCCGCGACGGCGAGUGUGGCGGCGGGCGCCAAAGCGUCUGUCAACUGCUCUGUUUCGGUCGCCAACCCGCGGCUCUGGGGACCACCCCCUAUACAGACGCCCAACUUGUACGUGGCCGUGACGACUGUGUUUGUUGACAAUGCCGCCGUCGAUACCUACGAAACCCCGUUUGGGAUUCGUGCCGUGACAUAUGAUGCCAACAAAGGGCUUCUAAUCAAUGGCCAGGCCGUGCGGGUCCAGGGGACGAACAAUCACCACGAUCAUGGCUCCCUCGGGGCAGCUUUCCACGUCCGGGCGGCGGAACGGCAGCUCCAGCUGUUGCAAGAGAUGGGGAGCAAUGCGCUCCGAACAUCACACAACCCACCGGCGCCGGAACUGCUUGACCUGGCUGAUCGGCUGGGAUUUGUGGUUCUGGAUGAGAUCUUCGACACCUGGAGCCGCGCGAAGACUAGCAAUGACUUCCAUUUGAUCUUUGCCGACUGGAAUGAGCCAGACCUUCGAUCAUUCAUCCGGCGUGACCGGAACCAUCCCUCUGUGAUUGUCUGGAGCUACGGCAAUGAAAUUGGGGACCAGGGAAGCGCUUCUGGUGGCUCCCUCGCCCAGCCGCUGUACAGCAUGAUGCGCGCGGAGGACCCGACACGACCAUCCACCUCUGCAAUGAACAGCGCCUCGGCAGGCAGCUCCUUUGCGAACGUCCCCGAUAUUGAGAGCCUGAACUAUCAGGGCGAGGGCAUCGGCACCUCAACGUCGUCGUCGUUCCCGGGUUUCCACCAGACAUACCCGAACAAGAUGAUCUGGAGCAGCGAAUCCUCGUCAGCAGUCAGCACACGGGGCACCUACAUCUUCCCAGUCACGAGCGCUAACAGCGCGACUGUCGGCAACGGCUCUGGUGGAAAUUCCACGACGAGGCAAGUCAGCGCCUACGAGCUGUACGCGGCAUCAUGGGCGUCGUCCCCUAACAAGGUGUUUGCACAGCAGGACCGGUACCCCUACGUCGCCGGCGAGUUUGUCUGGACGGGUUUCGACUACCUGGGGGAACCAACUCCGUAUGAUGCCUCCCGCAGCUCCUAUUUCGGCAUCAUCGACCUGGCGGGCUUCAAGAAAGACCGCUUCUACAUCUACCAGGCGCGCUGGCGCUCCGACUUCCCCAUGGCCCACAUUCUCCCUCAUUGGACCUGGCCUGAACGGAUAGGUCAAGUCACGCCGGUCCAUGUCUUCUCGGCGGCGGACGAAGCUGAGCUAUUCGUAAACGGGAAGUCGGCGGGCAGGUUGAAGAGAGCUGGCUCCACCUACCGCUUCCGAUGGGAUUCGGUUGUUUAUCAGCCCGGCGACCUACGUGUGGUCGUAUAUAAAGACGGGAAACAGUGGGCGGUGGAUACUCGGAAAACAGUUGGUGAUGCUACAAAGCUAAACAUGACCGCUGAUCGAACUACGAUCAGCGGUGACGGCUAUGACUUAUCCUAUAUCACAGUUGCGGUCGUCGAUAGCAAUGGGGAUAUCGUGCCGCGGGCAACGAACGCUCUCACGUUCUCUAUCUCCGGCCCCGGCCAGAUCGUGUCGACAGACAAUGGGGACCCAACUGACAUGGUUGCGUUUCCAACACUAACACGAAAGGUCUUUAGUGGCCUCGCGCUUGCUAUUGUACGUGCUAAUACCGGGGCUUCUGGGCAGGUGAGCGUCUCGGUGGCCGCAGCUGGAUUGACGGGCGCGCAGGUGUAUCUGCGAAUUAGAUAG